UGACCAGACUGCGGUCUAGUAUAAAGAAGGGGCCCAGAAGACGGGGCGGGGGCGUAGGAGCCUUCCCUGCAAUGUGGCACGCGCUGGUCCUCCUGCUGCUGCUCUCCUCUGCCUCAGUGCCCCCCUCCACUGCAGCCCCGAUCCGCGAUGCUGACACCCAGGAGAGCUCCUCGGGUUUUCCAGGCCUUCAAAGACUAAUCCAAGACUUCGUGGGGUUUUUUCUGAAAGAUGACCUGCUACGGGGCAUGGACAGCUUCUUCUCUGCCCCCGUGGACUUUCGGGGCCUCCCUAGGAGCUACCACCAAGAAGAGAACCAGGAGCGCCAGCUGGGGAACAACACUCUCUCUAGCCACCUCCAGAUUGACAAGGUGACCGACAACAAGACAGGAGCGGUGUUGAUCUCCGAGAAGGUGAUGGCAUCCACUGAGCGAGGAGAGGAGAACUUGGAGAGCGACUCAAAGGUACCCAAGAUAGAGGAGAAGGGGGCCCUGGUGCCCAUCCCAAAGACCAUGGACAGCUCCCACCUGGACCCUCACCCCCGAGUGGCCUUCUGGAUUGUGAAGCUGACACAGCGAAGGUCCCACCAGGAUGCCCCCAAGGGCGACCGCCCCCUCAAUGAGAAGCAACACCGCCUGCAGGCCAUCCGGGACCGCCUGCAGGCCAUCCAGGAAGGGCUCCACGAAGGGACCCGAGAGGAGGUCCUUCAAGAAGGGACCCAGGGCUCCUCCUACUUCAAGCUGCCUGUGCGCAAGACGCGCUUCCUGUACAUUCUCAAGCCCUCCCAGCAGCUAUAG